CUCAAUUUUCCAGAUCCAGUUCCUUGCGUCUGUCUUGCUACCUACCCCUCAAAUCUUGCUCCAUACGAAUGUAGUGUCGACUCCGGGAUGAUGGUCCUGUCUGUUGUCCUCUUUUUCACUGUGGUUGUUCUUCCCGCCAUUACUGUCGCCCUCCCUGGCACUCCUGGCAUUACCACUGUCCCUUUGCUCAUCCCCACGUCUACUGAUUUCACUGUAAAUUAUCCGCCGGUCGUUACAAAUGUUAAGUCUCACACGAACCGAUAUAUGUCAGUGUACCAGGCAGAAGCCGUUACUAAGAACUACUAUAUAGAAUGAUGCGCGGUAGACUGAUAUUUUAACGAAGGCAGUGUUCAGUUAGAUAGUUUAUUGAACUGAGUUUAUGCUCAAAAAGCAAAUCUUAUGAAUAUAGUCCAAU